CUUCCCUUCUGGUCCAGCGGCGUGGAGUGAAAGCACUGUGUUUGGGAGCAGUCUCCGAUUCAUUCUGCGUCAAGAGCGACUUCUAGAGCUGUUUCAGGAUGGACUCCCAUUUGACCGCAGCUCAGAUCCGUGAGAAGUUCAUUGACUUCUUCCGACGCUAUGAACACCAGUACGUCCACUCGUCGGCCACCAUCCCACUGGACGACCCCACGCUGCUGUUCGCCAAUGCUGGCAUGAACCAGUUCAAGCCGAUCUUCCUGAACACCAUCGACCCUUCCCACCCUAUGGCCAGGCUGCGUCGCGCUGCCAACACCCAAAAGUGUAUCCGCGCGGGAGGCAAACACAACGACCUGGACGAUGUGGGUAAAGAUGUCUACCACCACACCUUCUUCGAGAUGCUGGGUUCCUGGUCCUUUGGGGACUACUUUAAGCACCUGGCCUGUAAAAUGGCCUUGGAGCUGCUGACCCAGGAGUUUGGUAUUGACAUAGAGCGUCUGUAUGUCACCUACUUCGGGGGAUGCGAGGAAGCAGGACUGGAGCCCGACCUGGAGUGUAAACAGAUCUGGAUCGACUUGGGAAUUGACGAGGCUCGCAUCCUGCCCGGCAGUAUGAAGGAUAACUUCUGGGAGAUGGGAGACACCGGCCCCUGCGGCCCCUGCAGUGAGAUGCACUUCGACCGCAUCGGAGGCAGAGACGCCUCUCACCUGGUGAACAUGGACGACCCCAACGUCCUGGAGAUCUGGAACCUGGUGUUCAUCCAGUUCAACAGAGAGUCUGAGACGGAGCUGAAGCCGCUGCCUAAGAAGAGCAUUGACACAGGAAUGGGUCUGGAGCGCUUGGUGUCUGUGCUGCAGAACAAAAUGUCCAACUACGACACAGACCUCUUUGUCCCCUACUUUGAAGCCAUUCAGAAGGGAACUGGUGCUCGCACUUACACUGGUAAAGUCGGUGCUGAGGACGCUGACGGCAUCGACAUGGCUUACCGCGUGCUGGCCGACCACGCCCGCACCAUCACCAUCGCCUUGUCUGAUGGUGGCCGACCGGACAACACGGGAAGAGGUUACGUGUUAAGGAGGAUUCUUCGCCGUGCGGUCCGUUACGCCCACGAGAAGCUCGGGGCUCAGAGAGGCUUUUUUGCCACUUUGGUGGACGUGGUCGUCAGCUCUCUGGGCAACGCAUUUCCAGAGCUGAGGAAAGACCCAGAGAUGGUGAAGGAUGUUAUUAAUGAGGAGGAGACACAGUUCCUCAAAACGCUCAGCAGGGGGCGGCGUAUCCUGGACAGAAAGAUCAUGAGUCUAGGAGAAAGCAAAACCAUCCCAGGCGACACAGCGUGGCUGCUGUACGACACGUAUGGUUUCCCGCUGGACCUGACCUCCCUCAUCGCAGAGGAGAAAGGCAUGCUGGUGGACUUGGCCUCGUUCGAGGAGGAGAAGAAGGCAGCACAGCUGAAGUCUCAGGGUAAAGGUGCAGGAGAUAACGAUCACAUCAUGCUGGACAUCUACGCCAUCGAUGAACUGAGGAACAAGAACGUACCGGCCACAGACGACUCUCCCAAAUACAAAUACACCUCGGAUGAAAGCGGGAAAUACGAGUUCAAUCAGACCACAGCUACGGUGCUUGCCCUGCGUCGCGACCGUGCCUUCUGCGAUGAGGUGACCACAGGUCAAGAGUGCGGUGUGCUACUCGACCAGACGUCCUUCUACGCCGAGCAGGGCGGACAGACGUUUGACGAGGGCUUCAUACUUCGAGAGGACGACAACGCGGAGGACCGGAUGGAGUUCACGGUGAAGAACACUCAGGUGCGAGGCGGUUACGUCCUCCACGUGGGAACCGUCUACGGAGCGCUGAAGGUCGGAGACCGCGUCGUCUUACACGUAGAUGAGGCUCGUCGCAGGCUCAUCAUGAACAACCACACCGCCACACACAUCCUGAACUUCGCCCUCAGAGGAGUUCUGGGAGAGGCCGACCAGAGGGGGUCGCUGGUCGCUCCCGACCGCCUGCGGUUUGACUUCACAGCCAAAGGUGCGCUGAGCACAGGGGAGAUCCGCCGCACCGAGGAGAUCGCCUGUGCCAUGAUAAGAGACGCUAAGCCCGUCUACGCCCUGGACACCCCGCUGGCAGAAGCUAAAGCCAUUCAGGGUCUUCGUGCCGUGUUUGACGAGACUUACCCUGACCCCGUGCGAGUCGUGUCCAUCGGCAUCCCCGUCCAGGACCUGCUGGACGACCCCAACAGCGCUGCUGGUUCUCUCACCUCCAUCGAGUUUUGUGGUGGAACCCAUCUGCAGAACUCUGGUCAUGCUGCGCCAUUUGUCAUAGUCUCUGAGGAGGCCAUCGCUAAGGGCAUCCGCCGCAUUGUUGCUGUGACAGGAGCAGAGGCGCAGAAGGCUCAGAGAAAAGCUGAUGCCCUCAAUCAGUCUCUGUCUGCUCUGGCAGAGCGGGUGAAGCAGCAGACCGCUCCCAACAAGGACGUACAGAAAGAGAUCGCAGACAUGACUGAGUCCAUAGGCACAGCAGUGAUCUCCCAGUGGCAGAAGGACGAGAUGAGGGAAUCUCUGAAGGGCCUGAAGAAAACCAUGGACGACCUGGACCGCGGCUACAAGGCCGACAUCCAGAAGAGAGUCCUGGAGAAGACCAAGGAGGUGAUCGAGGGCAGCCCCAACCAGCCACUGCUCGUAAUGGAGAUGGAGACCGGAGCCUCAGCUAAGGCUCUGAACGAGUCUCUGAAGCUACUGAAGUCCAGUUCUCCUCAGACUGCGGCGAUGCUCUUCACCGUAGACCCCGAAGCCGGCAAGAUCACCUGCCUGUGUCAAGUCCCUCAGGACGUGGCUAACCGCGGCCUGAAGGCCAGUGAGUGGGUUCAGGAGCUGUGCCCCCUGCUGGACGGAAAAGGAGGCGGAAAGGACAUGUCUGCUCAGGCCACGGGCAGGAACACGCAGUGCCUGACGGAGGCACUACAGAUGGCCAACGAGUUUGCACGACUCAAACUGGGAGAAAACUAAGAGCAGAGAGGGACAAGGAGAGGAAUUAGGAAUUGUCGAAACAUCCGCCUCCUUUACUGUCUCUCGUCUCUGUUUGGGUCUGAAAAGAUUUUUACAAAACAAAAACGUCCAGGUUUCUCACUCUGGCCAUUCAGCAUACACACAUUGACGCUUAGCCAGCAAUAAAUCAAUAAAUGAGCCACUCGAAUAUUUAUGGAUGGAACGAAUCAUUGCUGACUUCAACAAGUAAAAUUCUACUCUGGGGAAACUGUUCAUGUUUCAUGCAGGUGAAAGAGGAAUGGCACAUUAUUUUGAGAGUAACGUUAUCAUGUCUGUGUCGUCAUUAUGUGCAUGUGCACAGAGGAAAUUUAAAAUAAUUAGGGAUUUUAAAUCGUCUAGCAGCUCAGAUUCUCGUUGCUCUUAAUCUGACACUUCCAUCUUGCGUCUGUUUCAGCUCACCUUUGCCCUCUUAAUUUAACGUUUGGCUUCCUCGUCCAGUUCAGACACAUUAAGAGGCCGAAGCCAUGUGUUUAACAUGCUGUAGCUGUAUGAUAGUCUUGCUUUUCAUGUCAUAAUUUAGUAAAUGUAUUCAUUAACUGUAUAAAAGAAAAGAAAUAAUGAUGAAGAACUGAACUCGACUUCCCCUGACGUUUACUAUUAUUGAUUCAGUGAAGAUUGUUGCCGCUGUAGCUGUUCCCAUGUCAGAGAGACAAUGUCAUGUUAUGGAAUAAAUGCAACUGGUGGAUAUUCAA